AUGCGCAAAAGACAACAACUAUCUAUCAUAAAAGAUUUGAUAAUUAAUAAAACUAAGCCGUUACUAACAUUCAUAUCGAGCGGGAGUUUAGCAGAAGGAAUUGAUUUACCAGGAAGCGAUAUAGAUAUUAUGUACGUCAUUGACGACGUCGAAGUAUUAAGGGACAUAAGAAAUAUGAAACAACCAAUACAACGUAGAACAUUGGUAAUGGAAACUGAUACCGAUCAUCCUGGAUUUAGUAGACUCCGAUUGAUAGCUGAAAUGGAUUGGGAAAACACACAUAUAACAGACAAAUGCUUUACAAGUACUAGCACAGGUGUAUAUUUAUCAGCUAACAAAUUUGUAAGUAAAAUAAAUAUGAUGCACCCACACAAACAGCAGCUUUCACAACAUGGUCCAUGUUUUUCAGAUAAAGGUCAGAAUUUGGAUCUUGCAAUAUGCCUCAGAAGUAAAUAUUUUCCUUACAGUGCUUUACCGUGGGCAUCGCGUUAUCGACAGCAAUGGCCACCUAAUUCCACAAUUGACAAGAUAAAAAAAUAUGGAUGCUUGUUAGUACCUAUUGGACCAAGGACUAUGACAGAUUGUUUUGUUUUUUGGAGAUUAUCUUUUUCUGAAGCAGAAAAACAACUUAUUCAUUCGUUUAAUUUUACUCAACUGUUAUGUUACUGUCUCCUCAAACUAACAUUAAAACAUAUUAUUAACACAAACAGACAUGUCGAAGGUUUAUUGUGUUCUUACUUUCUGAAGACAGCGUUAUUCUGGGUUGCAGAGGAGUUGGAUAUUGACACAUUUCAAUUAUCGAAAUUAUUUGUUUGUUUUUCUCACUGCCUAGAUAAAUUAAAAUUAUGGGUAAAGCAGUGUUACUGUCCGAACUAUUUUAUACCUGAGCACAACAUGUUCAUAGGAAAGGUAAAUACCGAUAACAAUACAAUACUGCUAAAUGUGUUAGAUGGGAUAACAUGCGAUGGAAUUGACGGAUUAACAAAAGAUAUAUUUCCAAACAACAAUCGUAGUUCUCGUUUAUUAAGAAAGAAUAGUGAAUCUUCGUUCGUUAAGCUAGACUUUCUUUUUUUUAGGACAUGUUUCUUCCCUGUUAGACCGGACAUAUCAAAAUGUUUAAAGGCACUAAUGUUUACUGAAUCUUUAAUGAAGUCGAAAUAUUCUACAUUUUAUAUUGAAGUAUGCAAACAUUAUCACGCGAAAAUAAGUCAAUAUACAGCACAAAUACUACCAAAACCAUCAAUAACAACAGAAACGUACAAAAUUCACAAACAAUAUCAUAUACAAUUGCAAAACGGUAUCAAGACAGAUGCUGUAACCGGUUGGUUGUUAUACGCGUCGUUUUAUUAUGUAACAGGACAGUUUGAAGUAACACUAAGACUAACAGAUUAUGUUAUAUCAAGAUGUUCACCUGAUAUGUUGAAUGCAGGAUAUGUAAACUUUACUGAACCUGCUGAAAAGGAUAUACUUAAUUACAGAAGUCAUGUUCAUUCUACAAUGACACUGACCGAAAAAAUGCGAAUGGCUAUUAUAGGUGACGUUAUCUUCUCUCAGAACUCAUCAUUAAUACCAGCAGAGCUACAACUGGAGGCGAAUAACCACAGCAUGACAAUACCGUCAAUUGUUAUGUAUUACUUUCUUAGAUUUUUAUGUUUUUAUCAUCUUUGUGAAAUAUCCAAAAAACAACAGGCUCUACAUGAUUUUGAAUUAAUAGUAAAAAAUAAUAAUUAUAUUCCUCCAAAGAAUGUAUCUAAUUCAUUAACAAUACUUGGAGUGUGCUAUGAGAUAUCCGGCGAUAAGGACGCAGCCUAUCAGUGUUAUGAUAACGCUUUGCAAUGUGAAGAUUUUGUAUGUCUUUCAGCAAAAGAAAGGAGAUCAAAACUUUUAGAUAUUUAA